CUGCUCUGGUCGCACGCCUACUACGACACUGCCGUCUGGGAGAAGAUCCUCAAGGAGAUCUACGGCGACCGGGUGAUGAUCGACACGCGGCGCAGCGAGGACUGCCCUCACGUGGUGGCCAUCUCCGCCAUCGUCAACCUGCCCACCCUGCAGCCGUACCUCUUCCGCAACUACGAGCACCAUCCCUCCUCGAAGCCGCUCAGCCACUUUGAGGGCAGCUCCUCCCAUCAGAUCUGGCAGGGCGUAAGGGCGUCGGCCGCCGCGCCGGGCUACUUUGAGGAGUUUACCGUCAACCAGCACGUCCACCAGGACGGCGGCAUUCUCCUCAACAACCCCACGGCGGUGGCGGUGCACGAGGCGAAGCUCCUCUGGCCCAACGAGUCCAUUCAGUGCGUGCUCUCGCUGGGCAGCGGCCGCUACCAGCCGAAGGUGAGCUUCGACCAGGAGAGCGCCGCCACCACCGCCACCCUCUCCAGUCUGAAGCACAAGCUGCUCCGCCUGAUCGACUCCGCCACCGACACCGAGAUGGUCCACCGGCUGANGAGCUUCGACCAGGAGAGCGCCGCCACCACCGCCACCCUCUCCAGUCUGAAGCACAAGCUGCUCCGCCUGAUCGACUCCGCCACCGACACCGAGAUGGUCCACCGGCUGAUGAUUGACCUGCUGCCGGAGGACACCUACUACCGCAUCAACCCCUGGCUAAGGGACCAGGCGAACAUUGACGAGAACCGCCCGGAGAAGCUUGAGGCGAUGACCGUCGAUGCGCAGAUGUACCUCCGCCGCAAUGACUACAAGUUCAAGCGGGCCGUCCAGCAGCUCAGUCUGGAGCGAUCACUGGCGCAGACGGUCGUCGAUACGGUCAAAUUCAAGUCAACCCUCUACUUGUGA